UCUGUAUGUUUUACCUCGUAUCAUCUGAUAAUCGCUGGGAUUAUAGCUUUAAUGACUACACCAACCACCCGUGUAGAAGAAAAUGUGACGCCAGCAGUCAGCCCUAUGUGUGUCAUUACGAGUGGACCGUUGAGAACUUUUACGUCAUGUCCAAGGCCUGCUACAGCUGUCCCUACAACCAGAGCCACUGCUACCUGCCCCACUGUAUCGCUGGGGACGGCUGGGCGAGGGGGAUCAAGGUCGUGAACCGGAUGUUACCUGGUCCCGCUAUUGAGGUGUGUCAGAAUGACACAAUACAGGUGACCGUCUACAACCGUCUGGAAUCUUCCGAGGGCACGAGCAUCCACUGGCACGGCAUCCUGCAACACGGGACCCCCUACAUGGACGGGGUCAGCAUGGUCACCCAGUGUCCGAUACCUUUCAACGCCAAGUUUACUUACAGGUUCAAGGUCGAAACAAGUGGGACCCACUUCUGGCACGGCCAUGCGGGGGCUCAGCGCGCGGACGGGCUGUUCGGUCCCCUGAUUGUCCGCCUCCCUGAGGUCAACGAACCGUAUCACCUACUCUACGACUUUGAUCUAUCUGAACACGUCAUUCUCAUCAACGACUGGACCGUAGACAUGAUGACCAACCGCUUGGCUAAAUACGUCCAUUUUGAUUACGACAACAAGCCUAAACAAAUGUUUAUCAAUGGGCGGGGCGAGUAUCAGGGAUACCUUAACAAAACGACCAACGAGACGACCUUUACCCCAAGGUCAAGCUUCACCGUCACACCUGGUAAAAAGUAUCGAUUCCGUUUGAUCAGCGCUGGAAUCGCCAACUGCCCCAUUCAGUUUUCUAUCGAUGACCACACAAUGAACGUUAUUGCCAGUGAUGGGAACUACCUCAAGCCCUUCAUCACUGACUCCAUCACCAUCAACGGAGGAGAGCGUUUUGAUUUUAUUCUCUUCGCUGACAAGACCUCGGCUCUCAGACAGUACUGGAUCCGAACCCGUGGCUACAACAACUGUGCCAACUUCAAAGCUGGGCAAACAGCCAUCUUGAAAUACGACGGCGCACCAAAUGAACUUCCGCCAGAACCGACACAAUGGGAGAAUGGGAUACGUGACGGCAUUCAUCUAAACCCAGCUUUCCCCGUCCCACCCAACGGCUCGGCCGAAAUCAAAGACAUGAAAUCUUACGACGACGGAGACAUCGAUCUCCUCACCUCCAUACCUGACAAGAAAUUUUACCUGGCUAUCGAUUUCGUGCCCAUCGAUAACCUGCGAGCCCACCACUUGCAGUUUUACCCGUUCAACGCUAGCAGUAAAUUUUAUUCCCCCCAAAUCAACUUCAUCACAUCUGAGAUGCCGCAGUCGCCGCCCCUGACACAGUUUGACGAUGUCCCGCAGAGUGAGUACUGUAACGCGGAGACUGUCCAGAAACAAUGCACCAAGGAAUGGUGCGCAUGCGUACACAUGUACCAGGUUGCCCUGGGAGAUUUGGUGGAGCUGGUCAUCGUGGAUGAGGGGAAACCUGCGCAUGCGUAUCACCCCUUACACUUACAUGGACAUAGGUUCAGGGUUGUCGCCAUGGACAGACUCGGCGAUUCAGUGUCAAUGGAUACCAUCAAAGAACUGGAUAAAAAUGGGUUGAUAAAUCGUACAACUUCAAAUGCGCCGCUCAAAGACACGAUUAUCAUUCCUGAUGGAGGAUACACGAUCCUACGCUUCAGGGCAGAUAACCCAGGCAUCUGGCUGUUCCACUGCCACAUCGAGUUCCACGCCGAGACCGGAAUGUCUUUGGUGUUUCAAGUGGGGAACAAGACACAGUUCCCGAAAGUUCCGAAAAAUUUCCCCAAGUGCGGGGACUGGGAGUUCCAGGGCUUCGACGAGGACGAGGUCAAGGUCACGACACAGGAAGUCACCACGGAGGGGGUCACGUGUCCCAGUGUGGAGGGUGGCGAUGGGGAAUCGGCUGCGGGGAAAAAUAUCUUCUCGUUCUCUGCAGUCGUCUUCAUGCUUGUUUUAGAGUGUUUUGUAUUUCAAUAAUGUUAUAACUUGCAGGAAGAUUCACUUUAAUUAUUA